AUCCGAUGACUGCCCUCGUCCUCCACUUCACUCUCACUUUCUAUAUAUAUAUUCAAACCCUAAACAGACAGUGGCCACUCUGCUCUCCGCCUUCUUAGCCAUGGCCACUUCUUCCUGCUUCAUCUUCCUAGCUCUGAUUCUGUGGGUCGCUGGUGCAGCUGCGGCUAAAGCCUCCACAGCCCCGCCCAAGAUUGGCAAGGGCUACCGACUGAUCUCCAUUGAAGAGUCCCCUGACGGCGGCCUCGUGGGCCACCUCCAAGUCAAGCAGAAGAAUACCAUCUACGGCCCUGAUAUCCCCCAUUUGCAGCUCUAUGUCAAGCACGAAACGGGCGAGCGGUUGCGGGUUCACAUUACAGACGCGGAGAAGCCAAGGUGGGAGGUGCCGUACGAACUCUUGCCGAGAGAGAAGCCGCCGACAUUGAAGCAAACAAUCGGGAGGUCCAGAAAGAACCCGAUAGCCGCCUCCGAGUACUCCGGGUCGAAGCUGAUAUUCUGCUACACCGCGGACCCGUUCGGUUUCGCGGUGAAGCGGCGAUCCAACGGCCAGACCCUCUUUAACUCCAGCUCCGAUGAAUCCGACCCGUACAGUGACUUGGUGUUCAAGGACCAGUACCUGGAGAUAUCCACCCGGUUGCCCAAGGACGCGGCGCUGUACGGGCUGGGGGAGAACACACAGCCGCACGGGAUCCGGUUGAACCCGAACGACCCGUACACGCUGUACACGACGGAUGUGUCGGCGAUCAAUCUGAACACGGAUUUAUACGGGUCGCACCCGGUUUACAUGGAUUUGAGGAAUGUGGGUGGGGAUGCCUAUGCACACGCGGUGCUGCUGAUGAACAGUAACGGGAUGGAUGUGUUUUACAGAGGGAGCUCGUUGACGUACAAAGUGAUUGGGGGUGUUUUCGACUUUUACUUCUUCGCCGGACCGUCGCCGCUGGAGGUUGUCGAUCAGUACACCGCCUUGAUUGGCCGCCCUGCUCCCAUGCCCUACUGGGCUCUCGGAUUCCACCAAUGCAGAUGGGGUUACCACAAUCUCUCCGUGGUGGAAGAUGUUGUUGAGAAUUACAAAAAAGCCAAGAUACCGCUUGAUGUGAUCUGGAACGACGAUGAUCACAUGGAUGGGCACAAGGAUUUCACCCUUAACCCCACCAACUACCCGCGCCCCAAGCUGUUGGCAUUUCUGGACAAAAUUCAUGCCCAAGGCAUGAAGUACAUUGUCAUCAUUGAUCCUGGAAUUGCUGUUAAUUCUAGUUAUGGUGUCUACCAGAGAGGCAUUGCAAAUGAUGUUUUUAUCAAGUAUGAGGGCAAGCCCUACCUUGCACAAGUUUGGCCUGGAGCUGUUAACUUCCCUGACUAUCUUAACCCCAAAGCUGUUGACUGGUGGGCUGAUGAAAUUCAGCGGUUCCACAAACUUGUCCCCGUGGAUGGUCUAUGGAUUGACAUGAAUGAAGUUUCAAACUUCUGUUCAGGUCUAUGCACAAUUCCACAAGGAAAGCAAUGCCCAACUGGAACCGGACCUGGUUGGAUCUGUUGCUUGGACUGCAAGAACAUUACUAAAACAAGAUGGGAUGAUCCUCCUUACAAGAUAAAUGCUUCAGGAUUACAGGUACCAGUAGGGUACAAAACCAUAGCCACUAGUGCGGUUCACUACAAUGGAGUUUUGGAGUACGAUGCUCACAGUCUGUAUGGUUUUGCUGAAACCAUCGCAACUCACAAGGGUCUUCUAGGUAUUGAAGGAAAGCGCCCAUUUAUACUAUCGCGCUCCACAUUUGUUGGUUCAGGCCACUAUGCUGCACAUUGGACUGGUGAUAAUCAGGGAACCUGGAAUGAUUUGAAGUAUUCGAUUUCUACAAUGCUAAACUUUGGCAUAUUUGGAGUUCCAAUGGUCGGUUCAGAUAUAUGCGGGUUCUAUCCUGCUCCCACGGAAGAACUAUGCAACCGUUGGAUUGAACUGGGAGCUUUCUAUCCCUUCUCAAGGGACCACGCAAACUACUAUUCCCCAAGACAAGAGCUUUAUCAGUGGGAGACGGUGGCUGAGUCUGCUCGAAAUGCUCUGGGUAUGAGGUACAAGCUCCUCCCAUAUCUGUACACAUUGACCUACGAAGCUCACCUGAGCGGUGCACCAAUCGCCAGGCCACUCUUUUUCUCUUUCCCGACCUUGACAGAGGUUUAUGGCUUGAGCACCCAAUUCUUGCUAGGCAGCAGCGUGAUGGUGUCGCCAGUACUCGAGCAAGGGAAAACAGAGGUUAAAGUGCUCUUUCCCCCAGGUACUUGGUACAACUUGUUCGAUAUGACACAGGCCAUUGUAUCAGACAAGGUGCAUUACUUGACACUAGAGGCGCCUCUGCAUGUUAUCAAUGUGCAUCUGUAUGAAAACACCAUUCUCCCAAUGCAGCAGGGUGGAAUGAUUUCUAAGGAAGCAAGAAUGACACCUUUUAGCCUCAUAGUGACCUUCCCCUCAGGGGCCACCAAAGGACAAGCCAAGGGAAACCUUUUCCUCGACCAAGACGAGCUUCCAGAAAUGAAACUGGGAAAUGGGUAUUCAACCUAUAUCGACUUCUAUUCCACCGUGGAUAAGGGAGUUGUGAAGGUGUGGUCGGACGUGCAGGAGAGCAAAUUUGCUCUCGACAAAGGUUGGAUCAUCGAGAAGGUAACCGUGCUGGGACUGGAUGGAAUUGGAGGGGCAUUUGUAGUCGAGGUAGAUGGAAACCUCCAAGUGAAUACUUCCAAAGUUGAGUUCAGCACAAAGGAACUCAAGUAUCCCCAGGAGCUGGAAGAUGGAGGUGACAACAAGAAGAAGAGUCUUUUGGUAGAGAUUAAUGGGCUGGAAAUACCUCUAGGUAAGAAGUUCACCAUGACCUGGAAAAUGGGAAUCAAGGGUUGAAGAUACAAAACCUUUCUUCUUCCCCUCCAUUUCGUGCUACUUAUCUUAGAUUCUUUUCCAUGGAAA